AUGAAAUGCUUUCAGCAUGUGUUACCAUGUUUAUUAUAUAAUUAGCCUUGGGACCAUGGCUUUUGAAACUGAAUUUGUGUAAAAAUUAUUGUCUGAAGCCUGAACAGAAAAAGUCUUUCUCUAUUCAAGAAUAAUAGAUAGAUACCAGUCUCUGAAUCAUAAUUUUUUUUUCAUAUUUCCAAUUUAUUGCCCAAGCUCAAAGCUUGCAUGUUGUUAAUCUGAGUGGAAAAAAAAAUGUUACUUGUUAAAUUUCCAUAUGAUUUUUCCCACUAAUGUGUUAACAUUUUAAGCUGGCACGAUCAAUGAAAGGGUAAAGAGUGUUUUUGGAUUAUUGGAUGCUGACUGUGUAAAAUUUGUGUGAAUAUUAAAAACUUGAUUUGUUUUCAGCAAAUGUCAAAAAAGAACUUCGUAAGCUGUCUAGUAUUCAGCCUUUGGUCACAUUAUUGGGACCUGAUGGUGAGUUUGAAAUAAUUAAUUAAAAUAAAACUUAAAUCUGAAAUGACAAAUUUGGAUUUAUAACCAUGUUAAAGGGCAAUUGAUGUUUAUUCAUUAGGUAAAUAGAGCUAGAAUUAUUUUCCACAUUUCUGAAAUAUUUUUAUCAUUGACAAUCACUUAUUUUUAUAAUUUUGCAGAGGAUGUUUUGUGCCACGAAUUUGCAAGUUUGGCUCUUGUAUCAAUGGCAGGUAAUUAUAUACUACAUACAGUAAUUUGGAAGUAAAAACUGCAUUUAUUAAUUGAAGUGUAUUAUCAAUACAUGUUGAUUGCUAAAGUUGUAACUAAUUUAAUCUUGUUCCACAGCUGAGUUUUCUUGCAAAGUGGAGAUCUUCGAACAAGGAGGCCUUGAGGCAAUUGUGAAGCUUCUGUCAUCUCCUGAUUGUGAUGUGCAGGUAUAUAGACAGAGGGAACCUAUUUCAAAGAUGCACCAACCAUAGUGGUUGAAUUCCAUCCAAUCACAGCUGAGCACAACAGCAUAAAAAAAUUAUCUAUUAAUCGCUGAUGUGUACUUAAUCAGUCACAUCACAUGAAGAAGACUAGCAGUAUGCAGUUGAAAUGUCGCAACCACAUCCAAAGUGACCACAUCAUGAGGCAAUAGAUUAUACUUCCCUUUGGAAAGUGCUCUUUUGAAUGGUGACAAACCACAACCUUUUUUACUAUAUUUUUAUAUGCAUUGGUAUUUCUUGUUUCUUUGCACCUCUUUCAAUCCAGUAGCACAUACAGGUUGUUCACUGUAUGUAUUGCAGUUCCACUCUAUCUUACAACAGGUGUAUUAAAGAGAGCAUUAAUCAUUUUUUAUUGAAUGUCACAAAACCAAAGCCAUGAGUUUAAUUACAUUUAGUACAUGCUAAUGAGGACUUAUUUAAUGAUUUUAUAGUUGUCUUAUAAUUUUGUUAGCAUAUAUAUCAAAUUAAAUGUUUUUUUUUCAAUUUUUUUUUUUCACAGAAAAACUCUGUUGAGACUGUCUCAUUAUUAGUUCAGGAUUAUCACAGUAGAUCAGCAGUAAAAGAACUAAAUGGUAAAUAUAUCACAGUGUUCCUUAAACCUUUUAUGCCCCUAAACAUCAGUGUGCAUAUUCUCCAUACUGCUCUCUAUACAUUUACUAAGGUGCUGACAAGGAGAAUUUGUCUCACAAUAGAGAGCUUUGUUAGUUAGGGAUCAUUUCCUUUAUUCUCCAGACCUUAAAGUUUGAUCCAGGGGUGAUUUGAUAAGGAGAGAUUAGAUGUUAGCCACUCUUAGGGAUCAAAGGAUUAAAUAAUAAUUUUCUGCACUCACAGUUUUCAGUGAAACCUUGAUAUUUGAGAAGCCUUGUACAUAGUGAAGUAAUUGCAUACUAGAUACUCAUGUACACUUGCUCUGAUGAAGGGCUAAUGCUUGAAACGUCAGCUUUGAAACUCUUACAGAGGCCAAGUUAUGUUACACUUGUUUGGUUUCUUCUCAGGGUUGCAGCCACUUUUGGCUCUGUUAGACUCAGAGUAUGCCAUCAUCCAACAGCUUGCACUGGAGUGUUUGAUUCAAAUUACACUUGAUGGUAAUGACUUAUGGCCAUCUUAUUCAUGUAAUAAAAGUUAGACAACAAGCAUCAAAUACAGAUUUUAUGGGUUAUUUUUUUGAGCCAUGCCUUAAAAAAUAUAAAGUUUCCCAUCAUACUCCUCCCAGAAGUGGGUUUGUCAAUCAGUUGGCUAUUCCUCCCUCCCCUCCCCUUCAAAAAAGCCUAACGCAUACAUUUUGGAUAUAAUCAUGUACAUGAAAAAAUUACACACUUCUGCUUGGUAGAAAAUGAGUACAUUCUCAUGUAACUCUUAUUACAUAAGUAGAUUUAAUUAAUGUCUAUACAAAAUAAAAUUUCGAUGUCGUGCUUUGAUGUAAAACUGAGAGUUUAUUUGAUUUGGUUGUAAAAUUUUGAUGGUGAAUCUGUAUUUUUUUUUUCAUUUUUACCUUAAAAAUUGGAUAAUUGGGGUGAUAGGAAAUGAUAGAUACUAUUGGGAUGGCCUUAUAUAGCUGGGCAGGAUGAAAAAAUAAUUACAAUCUGAUUGGCUACGGCAAAAUGACCCAUAUCUUGUCCACUUUAUAUUGAUCUGUAAAUACCUAGCAACAGAGUUUAAUUUAAUCCUUUAAUUCCCAGGUAAUUCUCCUCACCGUCAACCAUACACCUCUUACAAUGCUUGUCUAGAGAAUUUUGUAUUGGAUCAACUAAUUAUUCCCAAACUGAUAUUUUUCUUUAUUCUCAUCACUUAUCUGGUUGAUAUUGUAUUGGUAUUGUAAGGAGAAAUUCUGUUUUAGUCACUCGUGGGAGUUAAAGGGUUAACUUGAUUGUAGAAAUGUAGGAAGAGUACAUGUACGUCAGAUAAUUGUCACGGCCUCUUAGCGUUACUCAACUAUGGAAAUCAUACCUCAUAUUUUACAGCUGAUAACAGAGGAGCUUUGCGAGAUCUGGAAGGACUUGAAAAACUUGUUGAUUUUGUUGGAAACAAGGUACGGUUUCUUGUAACUAGUGUGUUUUUACACCAUCUUUCCACAUCGUUUUUUAUUGUGAAUUAAGUUAUUGCAGCAAUGUUGUUUACUCCUGUCAUUUUAAUAGACUGAUGCGUUUUCAUUGCAGGAAUACGAGGAUUUACAUGUGCAAGCAUUGCAAGUGCUGUCAAAUUGUCUUCAGGAUGUAGACAGCAUGCAGGUAACAAACUUUUCUUCCCUCAGAGUGUGCUUGUGUGCCUUAAAAUUCUUUGAGUUGCCAAUGGGAAAUAGAUUGUAUCAUUGCACACUUCAUAAUAAAUUGUCAUUAAAACAACGAUUGACAUACACCUGUACUGAAAAUGUUUUUAAAGCGAUAAGUUAAUCCUUUUUUUUUUUUAGCUUAUUCAGACGUCUGGAGGAUUACAGAAACUUCUUGCUUUUGCCGCUGAAUCUAAUGUUCCUGAGGUGCAACAACAUGCGGUAAGAAAUUGCAAAACCGUAUGGAGAUAAAUGCAUGACUUUAUCUGUUAUCGUUCAUUCGCACCUGAUUACAGAGCUACCGUUCUCUCACUUGUAUCUUUUGUAUCCUUUUAUCUUUCAGGCGAAAGCCAUUGCCCUCGCUGCGAAAAAUGGUAAUCUAAUCUAAUCUAUUUCUUGGUGCUUAUAGCGACUAGAAACAUGGUUCUGACUAUCAAGCUGCCAAGUAGAUGAAGUCAUCUUCGGACCUGCGGGGAUUCCCCUUAAGUGGCCCUGAUGUUUAAUGCGGGCCGCCCCGCUAGGAAACGGCCAUGUGCAUAGUCUUUGCUGGAGUGAAUUCGGCUAUGUGAAGCGUUUUGAUCAAUCUGCGUGGCCAAAAAUCACUUAUAGUAAAAAUUACAUUUUUACGUCUAAGUUUUUUUUGCGUAUUUCGUGUUCAUGAUGAAUAUUUUUUGAUGUUUUGUUGUAGGAGAAAAUCGUAAAAUCUUCCACGAGCAGGAAUGUGAGAAGACGUUGAUAAUCCUUCUGUCCAUAGAGGUAAGCUGAAUUUCUUUAUUUUUCAAUUCUGGCCGUCAAGACGGCGAGUACUCACUGUAAAACUUUUCACAUGUUACGGUUUUCGUUUGGGUCAGGUUUAGGUACGUGUGUUCUUAGAAACGCCUUCUGCAUAAAUCAUCCCUACAAAAACUGCUAUAUUUAAAAAACUGCUUUUCUAUAUAAAGAUAACCAUAGCUGUCUUAGUAAGCACCAGGCGGAAACGCGACUUCGUAAUCGCGUGCGCUACUCUGCAGCACUUGCGCCUUUUAAAUCGGAGACUUGCCCUGCACGCCAAAAUGGCAAGGAACGAACAUUCUUUCCACAGAAUGCUUGGUGUAUACUGGCAAUUAGCGGCACUUGUUUAUAUGUUAUCAUCAAAGAGAAAAAUUAAAUAAUUUAUAAUGUAUUUUCUUGCUUUCUACUGUUAAUAAUGCUUAAAAAUAAAUCAACGAAUAUAAUUUAGCAUAUAGAUAAAUUAAACUCAGAUCAAUCGGCUGCGAUCAAUCUGUUUGCAAUGAUUAUGUACUAACUUGUGCAGUAAUAGGAAUUUCAGAUACAGAUGUGUUUUUAUGCGCGACCAGAAGGGAAAUGCGACUACUUCAAGUGCGCUUUGACAUCAACCAAUCUCCUGGGAAGUCUUGCAAGGAGUCCCCUGAAAGUCACGUCAAGUGAUGAACACCUCUUUUUAAAAAAUGUAUUUUAUUACUAAUGUCAUUAAUAAGUGCCACGUAAAACAACUCCCUACUUCUGACCUCCCUUCACACCUAAAAAAUGUGUAUGUUUAAACAUCCUGAUAUCAAUAUUAUGCUGCAAUUUUUUUACCAGAGCCCUGGUGUCCAGGCCUCGGCAUCCUUAGCCCUUGCAGUUAUGUCUGAGAACCUUAGUAGCAGAGAUGUGAUUGGAAAACUUGGUAAGAACCAAUAAAAAAUGUUGAUUUACUGCGCACAAAUGGUAAGCGCGCUUGGCUCUGCAUUGAGAGGUCUGGGUCCCAGCUCCCGCCGAAUCAUGAUGUUGUGUUUUAUGGCGGCAACUCUCUUUACUUUCUCAGUGCUUCUUUUCACCAAGAAGAAUAUAUUAGUAAGGCGAUUUUUCAGGGAAAGAUGAUACAAUUUGUAAAUGCAGCCCUUCUGCAAGGAUCAGUGCUUUACAUUUAUAAAAUUAGCAAAUGAAAAUGUAACUUAUUUUGUCGCAUAUGGCAAAUUGGACUCAAUUGGAAAUUUUGGUCCAGUAACUUGCGGCCUCAACCACACGUUGUUCUGAAAAACCUGAAAAUUUCUUGUCUUUCCUUUUGCAGAAGGUAUACCGUCAUUAAUUAAUCUACUUACCAGUGACAGCCCGGACGUGAGAGAAGGAGCGACUCUGGCACUAGCAAAUAUCACCACUGCUAACAGUACAAACUGCGGGUAAGACAAUAUGUAGUUCAAAUAAAACAAAACGUUCUGGUAAGUUACUACGUUAUUCCCCAUGGGUGACUGUUUACUACAGGUUGGACUGUAACCCAUGCUUCAUUAUGCUUACGGUCCUUGAAUUAAUGAAAACCAUGGUAAAACAGUAAAUUACAUUUGCGACUACACCUUGUUUUUAAAAUAGAAAGGAAUUACUUACAGCGCUUUUCGAUAGAGUGUUGUGAAACCAAAUAAAAUUUACUACAACAGUCAUUAAGAAGUAGGGAAGAUGUCAAUGAGAACUCAAAGAUAAAACAACAAAAUUGCCCAAAGCGCGGGAAAACGCGGGUGACUAAGUCGUGAUCAGUCUUAGUUUUGCAUCUGAUUGAGAGUGGCGCUAAACGUGAAAAUCUAUCCGUUCAGUCUUCCUUAAUAUUGCCUAUCCAUGCUUUCCUAACCGCCACGUUACCUACAAGUACAAUACAAAUGUUUCCUCUCCGUUUUAAGUUCUUUGCUCUUGUAGUUCAUUCGUGUCGGUGGCCAGAUUUUGGCCUAAUUUAGAUUUAAUUGAUGUAAGAUUUGUUUUGACGGAAAUCUUGUCAAGUCUAGUUGCAAAGGGAAUUUUCAUGAUCUUUUAACUCGCUCUCGUUGAGCACAGUACAUGUCAAAGAUCAACGGCCAACUUACACAAAACACACGCACUAUUUUUGUGUUAACGUCAUUCAUUCGCUUUUAAUGUGCUUUUUCCCUUUUUUUUUUUUUUGGUCCUAUUGCUUUUCUUUUUCUUUUCAUUGUUUUACGAAACACUUAUUGUCAUGCAUAAAGCAUAAAUUUAUGGGAUUUCGUGCAAUUAUAGUGACGUGGUAGACAAGGGAGGAGUUGAUCCGCUGAUCACACUGCUCAAUGACGUUAAGCCUUCGGUUCAGGCUAAUGCAGCUGUUUGCCUCACCAACCUGGCAACAGAAGGUAAAACCAAUGUUAUACCUUUCUAUUGUAGAGAACAUAUAAACAACUAGUUUUGAUUUCAUGGCAAAAUGAUUUGUUUGUCUUCGUUAGUCAUCGUUAGAUAAUCCCUCGUUUAUCGCUAAAAGACGUGAAACUGUGCAACACAUCUGGCAAUAAAACAUCAUAAACUUGCUUUAUUUUCAAACUGUCGAAUUUAAUUUUAAAGUCCAGUGUGAAUUAGCGGCGUAGGCACUUUCUUCCCCUCACCCCUCACACUUGACAUCUGGUUACUUUCUGCCGCGCUUCCUUGUAGCAUCCAUUCCAUGCUUUCCCACGAUUUGCGACGUUGUGUGUUUUUGACAACUUAGUGUGCGUCACACCUGUUUCCAUGACCUGGACCUGUUCCUUAUAGGAAGUUUUUCCGCGCCUAGUGCGAGCUCUUUGAGCUUGCUUUAAACUUAGGCUGUUAUUUUUUUUACUAGGUUUAGUUAUCUCUAUAUACUUGAGUUUCAGGUUUUUUUUUUUGGCGAUCCAUGCUUUUUCUGCUUGUUUGGUAAUUUUUAUUCUGGUUCUUUAUUUCAGAGUCGUGGAGAUCAGAGGUGCAGCAAAGAGGUGUAGUGCCUGCCCUUGUACAAGCUUUACAAUCCAAGUAAGAAAUUUAUAAUUUGACUCGUUCCUUUAUUAAAGGUUGAUAACAAGAUACCAGGCCGACUUAAGUAUCGGUGCAAACACAUCCCAGGGCUUUUUGCUCUGUAAUUAAUUUAUUGAUACCAACAGAAAUUGUCAUACUGGUGCGAAUCAUACCGGCCCGAGUUCACCAGCAGUUGGCUUGCCGUACCAGAGCGAGUGUCAUUCUGUUAAGAAAUAUUGCAACGGUAUCGAUUUAACGAGGAAAAACCUCGUUUUGGUGGGAAACUUCCCCCACCUGUUAGGGGACCGGAACUAGUCGUGCAUGCGCAGUUGUGUCAAACAAAGAUUGUAUCGUCACGGUAGAAGAGGAGUAUAAGUAUAAAACAGACGUAGUUGUAAAGACAAUAUGAAAUCAAGUAGUCAUUACGGUACUGGGCAUGCGCCAGGAAGGCAUCAGGUGACAUCACGAACCAUAGCUCCGAAGUGAAUACCAUUCUUGCCCGUAGUUUUCUCUGUUGAGAAAAGUCUGCCACGUGUAGAAAGCUCAGUGCAUGUUUUUUUUUCUUUUAGUGCGGCAAUAGUGCAGAGUAAAGCUGGAAUAGCAGUGGCAGCCUUUGUGUGUGACGCAGACUCAAGAAACGAGGUAAAAGAUAUAAAGUUUCACAACUUAAUGAAGUUAAUACGUCCCAACAAAUGAUCCAAGUCACAUUUGAAGGGAUUUUUUAUGACAUCGCACAGAGACAUAAAACGCCGCUCCCCCAGCAUUUAAUGAUUAUAAGUAGUCGUUAAUCAACAACAGGUAACUUGUUUUAAGGAAUGGGUCUGGGAAAACUCAGGGACAAAUGGGAAAUUAAAGUCGACUUUUCCAACAUCUGCAAAACUGCACACCUCGGAGAAUCUUUAGGUGCCCAAAGAUUCUCGCCUCAAAAAUCUUGUUUGCCCAGCUCUUAAAAGCGUUCAUACAAGUAACGUAUACAAGUCGCCUAAAGACAAAAUACGGUCGCCAGUAGCACUCGGGCUCUGAUACAGCACAACCCUGAUAUGUUUUGAUUGAUGUGUGAAAGAAAAGCUGCAUAAUGAUUACUGAGAACUGGGAGCCAAAGUGUUAGAGGAGCCACGCCAUAAAUAUUUAGCGUCAGGUGGCAUUGCGUUGUGUACUACUGUUUUGAUGGAGUGGAAAAACAUCAACAACGCGAGAAUUAGCUGAAAACGGACGGGAAUGUCUCAGGAUGGGGAAGAUUGUUACAGAUUGCAAAUUUCAGACUUGAACAAUUUAGGGCUUUAGCCACAUUAGAGUUUAGGGGGGGGUAAAAUACUCUACAUGUAACACCUUUUACAGCUCCUUUAAUCACACGGUCAUUUGAUUCUUCAAUAGUUUCGUGCCGAAGGCGGCCUUCCUCGGUUGGUAGAGCUGCUACGGUCAGGCAAUGACGACGUACGGCGGAGCGUGGCCUGGGCCGUGUUACAGUGCGGCAAUGACCUGCCAACUGCGACUGAGAUUUGCAGACUGGGGUGAGUUCAUAAUGAAAGAAGCGUAGAUACUGUGGUCUUUGAUUUCAUUGUUUUCCGUUUGUUUUAUCCAAAUAUGCUUUUUAUUUAUUUAUUCCGACGCAUCUCUGUGACCAAAAUCCUCACAAAAACUACCAUUAAAAUGAAUUUCUCUUAUCUACUUGUGCUAAGAGCCGAACUUGAUUGUGUUUUACAGGGGAUUGGAUAUUCUAGGAGAGAUUUCUCUAUCAAACACCCGUCAGUCCGGCUUCGCUAAGGCUGCCAUGGAUUGUUUACUGGAUAGUAACCUACCGGCCAAGUACGCCAUGACUGGCACACUGGGACCUAAUAACAUCAUUCAAGAUGGAUUUUAUGACUGUGGACCGGUAAGGAAUCUUUUUAAGAUGUUCGUCAGAUCGUUUGUAUGUCGGACCGCUUGACCGUCUGUUUCACUGUUUCACGGCAGUCAGUAAGUCAGGUAGUUUAUCCAAUCAUGCAGGCAGUCAGUCAGUUAGUCAGUGAGUAAGUUGGUCAUUGAGUUAGUCGGUCAGUCAGCCAGUUGGCCAAUCAACCAGUCAAUCAGCCAGUCGGUCGGUCGGAAAUUUCCCGUGAAUUAAGGCUCAGAUAACAAGCAAAUGACUACUUACAAUUUCAGAUGCAAACAUGGUAAAUUAGAACGGAAAGAAUCUGUAUCUGUGCGAUGCGAUGACUUGUUUCUAUUGACUACUAACGACAAGUUUGAAUACCUACGUGGAGAAUUACUUACCAAAAACCACGCAUCACGUUACAAAAGUUUAAAAGUCACUCGUCAGCAAUUGAUGCGACGUCAUAAUCAGUUAAGAGUGGCUUGAAACUUGCUCGUGCAGAUGCAGUGCAGCACGCGCAAGCACAUUAGAUUCUAAACAGAUACCUGCUUUUGAUAGUUUUUCUUUCUUUUCUGGCUAGCUAUUUUAACUAAGAGAAAAUAAAAAAAAAGAAAAAAGAAAGAAUAGAUGAAUACUGAGAUAUAUGCAUGAAAAAGGAAAAGGCAACAUUAUUGAAAGGGAGAUCCAAACAGAAAGAAACUAUGAAUGACUACUUUUUGACUUAAGCUUCGAAAAGCUCGACCUUUUUUGUUGUAAAAUCAUUUUCAAAAAAGAAAAUAGAUUCAGUGGAGUGCGACGAAAAAAGGUUAGACAUCUAUCACGAAGUCGAUGUACCCUUCAUUUAAGAACUCAUAUGAGAAUCCUAACUCGAUUUUUUUUAUAACUUCCUUCUUAUUCGAUAAAAAGCGUUUAUCUGAAUACAACAUCAUGACUGCAAGAAAAGUCCCCAAACUCUGAUAGUCCUGACGCAAUAGCAAAGCAACAAGUUCGCCUUGAAAAAUCUUAAAACUAAUUAAGUAAGGGAAAAUCGAAACACGACUCCAAGCGUCCGCGUCAACUUCAAACUGAAUCAAGUUAAAGAUGAAUUUAAGGUUAUUUGAUCGUGAUUGGUUGGAGAUAUGAAAUCACGCGCGUCGCACGUGAUUCCCAAACACCACGAAGGGAAGGUCGGUGAAAACUACAAGUUCAAAAUGUUACUAAUAAAAACCCUACAGAGUUCUUAAGCUGUGGAGCUAGAGCCGGUGUGCCAUCCUAUGAACAAUUCCGCUUGCUUCAUAGGCUAGCACACUUAUUUACAGAGCGUAAUACGUGUUCGGUUUCUGUCUUGUACAGAUGCGUCCUGACAGCAAGUUCCUAACUCUGGAGGAACUUAGUUCGUUGCCAACAGACGCACAUAGGCCCAUUCUUCUUGUUAACUCCAAGAACGCGGACAGGUAAGGUUGAGAAGGGUUGGAAAGAAUUUUUAAUUGGCGCUAAUGGAUGUAAAGCUUUGUUCACAAAGCAUCAUUGUGUGUAGUUCGGCCAGGAUUUGGAGCAGUUUAAUUGAGUUUCUUCAAACCAAAAGCAGGGUGACCACAAUGGCCAGUUAGAACAAAGGUUAAGAUGACAAGCAACCGAUGAAUUCUUGGAGUAUACAGGAAGGUGACCGAUAGCGUAGAAAACAUAUUUUCUCCACGCUCGUCACAAAACUAAGAACGUCUUCUUUUAUUAAUUUUCAUCCAGGAAAACUCCUUCGCCCAUCCUUCUAAUACCCAAGGAGCCGGAGAAGAGCUUGGAAAAAUUGGGAAAAGGAAGCAAAUCUAACAAAGACUUGAGAAGGUAGAAAUCUUUUGGCUGUGAUUUCACAUCGAGAUGUACCCAUACAAAUACCGUUCUAUUUGAAGUAAUUAUAGUAAGUUAAUGAAUGAUAAUAAUAUAUAUAUAUAUAUCUCCAAAACUAAGAAAAAGUAAAUAUUGAACUAUUUACAAAGUGUGACUGAAAAGUUAACAAUCCUAAAACCUUGUAACUGUGUAUCAUGUCUAUUUACAAGUAUGCGAUAGUCAUGAGCUACAACACCUGCAGCUUCUUCUGUCAGGGGUUUUCAAUGUGACUUGAAGCAAGGACGAUCCUUUAUAAUCAUUUAUGCGUCGAUUAUUGUAAAGCUUCAACAACCCCUCUUCCCCUCACCGGCACUUUCCCCCUCCUUGUAUUCCGCUGGAAAGACUUGACACUUCUAAUUCAAAUUCCCCACUCCCGCUAGGCAAUGCUCAAAUUCCCCACCUCCCCAUGCACGGACGACAGUCAAAUGCCCUUGGGUUGCCCCGCGGGGGGAACGGGGGGAAUAUUGUACCUUGUGACUUAACGAUGUCCUGAUUGAAUGCCACUCGGUAUCAUAGAAGUUUUAAAUAAAGAGUGACAAACCUUUUGCGACCGUUUACUACGGAGAUUUUUCUCCAUAAUGUUUUUGUAACAAGACCACAAGUUUAUUUUUCUAUUUCGAUGAAGCAAAAGUAAAAUCAUGCGCGAACGAGAAGAACAGAAACAAAGGGAAGAAGAGGCCGCUUCAUCGGAGGUCUCAACCACGCAACAAGAUGAAGCGCCUAACUGGCAGCCACCCAUGGAUGAGGUAUUUCAGGGGUACAUUGAGGAGGUUCGAAACACUAUUCAGCCGUUGAACACGACCACAGAACAAGUAGAAGCUCUUGCAAGGUAAACAGCUCGUACCUCUUGUCAUGUAUCUAUGUUAAUCUUCUCUAUCCUUUAACAUAUUUUUCUUUCUAGGUUCAUUAUUGCCUCUUUUGUGUUUCUCUAUUUUACAGAAACAGUAUUUUUAGUUUCCUUUACGUUAAAAUUAACUCCGCGCUGCCUCAAUAAGAAGAAAAAAACGAAAAUUGAACUUUCGCGCCUUCAAGCCUGUCACUUAGAAGUCCCAUUUGUUACCAGUCCCUAACAACUGUUUUUUCGUCUAUCGUGUUUAAAAUCGAAUUGCUGAUAGUUUUGGAAUUCAGACACUGAAUAUAUAAGGAAACAAAUGGACUGGUUUCUGAGUCAACACCUACUCUAAUAUUCCUUUGAUAAAGAUUUUGAAUAUGUCUUCAUUUCUGAAGAGAUCGGGACAUUCCAGAAACAGGCCAAUGGCUUUUUCAACUCACCAAUGUGUAGCAAAGUGGCAAAGGCAUCUCAGCAGAAUGUCUGCUUAACGUUUUUUUCCUUCUUUGCAGUUUUGUCAGUAAUAAGAUGGGGGGAUCGGUCGACAGAGAAUCCCUCUCCACCUUCAGCUAUGAGCUGCCAAUCGGUCAACUGAAGGUGGAGCUCAACUCCAACAUUAUUCCCAUCGGCAAGAUACAGACUGGAAUAUAUUAUCACAGAGCUUUGCUUUUUAAGGUAAUUUUGGCCCAUAAAUCAGUCAAUAUUCCCGACAAAAAGAAUAUCAUACAUCAUUCGAUGAACUGUUUCUCUCUUUUCAUUGGUCGAGAGUCCGCUACGUGACCUCAGAAAACUCAGCAGUUUUAAUAGUUUGCUUAUGCGUAGUGCCGUUUAUGCUGCGCUCGUGAAGUUUGUGUCCAGGCUCCAUUUUAAAAAUUGACGCCCGGCUUUUCUAAGCUGUUAGAUGGUGAUUACUGACACUUACGAGAUCUGCGCGAUACUGAAAAAUCAUGAAAUUCUGCGAUGGUUGAGGGUUCUUCUGCGGCCAAACUGUAAUAGUGAGAAGCGACGUUAAGCUUUUAUAUGGAACCCUGGCGUUGAAAGGAAAGCUUUUGUUCUCUUGCAUUCUGAGACUUGUGUAGUCUGUUGUGAUGUAUUUCGGUUUGUUUAAUUAAUAGUACUUCUCUCUCCAGGCUCUUGCUGAUCGCAUUGCUUUGAGCUGUUCUUUGGUCCGAGGAGAUUAUAACAGGGCCUGGAACGAGGUGAUGCUCUGUGACGAGGUGAAGGUGAGAAAACUAACGCUAUUGGUUGAAGUGAAAUGCAAGGAAAGGAUAUGUAUACUGAAACAACAACUGUGAUAAUUAACUGAAAGACUUAAGUGACGGCUUUCCGGUGAUAGUGCACGCCGUUCAAUUGAGUGUGUAAGGCCGGGUUAAAAAUAAUGAGAACGAUCAGUCAUGACAACGGGAAAUAUCAAAGAGCAGGACAAUGAGAACUCAGUGCAAAGGCGAGAACACUGUGGUUGCCAAGUCACGCUCGUUUUAAUCUUGCAUCAGAUUGGUUAAAAUGAUAGCAGGAGAUUUUAGACCAAUCAUGGAGCACUAUGGAGCAAAUCUUCUUGAGUCUCGGAUAGCGCUCGAAUCUCAAUUGAAAGUUACCCUAUCGCUUAAACGGGAUUCGGUCUUGUUAUGGAAGAUUUCAUUUUCAAGUGCAGGACGUAAAAUUGCGCCUAAUACAGGCGCCAAUGCGAUUAAAUUUUUUUCUUUGGCGACCAAAUCCUGAAAAUUAGUCGCCAAAUUGGCGACUAGAAUGCUUCAUCAUAACCGUACCUAGAGAUAUAGUGAGUUACAAAGAUUUGCAAAGAUAAAUCCGGGGCAAACUUCCUCGUUAAGUUUGUUUCCAAAACGCAGCACGUACAUCUCGAUCGAUGACUAUACGCCAUCUUGGAUUAAGUUGAGCUUGAAUGUUGUAUAUCAUCCAUCCUAGUGUCCACUUUGUGGCAAGUGAAAGAUCUUUUUCCUAACUUAAUUUUGGAGGGCCUAUCUAGAACGCUGACAGCGGAAAAAAAGGGUUUUGUUAGUCUUUAAAGAUGGCGACCAACUUUUUUCGAAUUGGCUACCACUUUGAAAAAUUUAGGAACCAAGUGGCUAUCAGAAAAAUAAAAAUUAAUUGCACGCCCUGUACUCCUAUUCCUUUUUUUUUUCCUUUGUUAUUUAGGAUGGUCAACCUAAGUUCCCUCCAAAGAGUUACAUCGUCGAUCUUAUGCACAUCCCUGGACGACUAAUGAGUACUGACUCGCCCGAGGCCACUCUCUACCAAAGGCUUUAGCUUCAGAAUCAAGUUCAGUCAAAACUGAAGAGGACUUCAUAAAGAAGUUUUGAAAUGACUUACGACAUUGCAAAGCUCUUCACACUCUCAACAACACUUGAGGAAAUCGCCUUGUAGAUCAGGGAAUUGAUGAAAUGGUUUCCGUCAGUGAAGUACCGUCACGAAAUUCCACCUCUAAGUCUUUUCUGCUGUUUUUGUUAAUUUGUAUCGAUGGAUUUAUACAAAGUGUAUGUUGCUAAGUUUUGUGUAAAGCUGAGAAGCUCGUAGUGCUUUUUAGAGGUUUGUUCUUAUUUUGUCAGUAUUUAUGGAAACUGGAAGUGUUCUCGUUGUAAAUAGUGUAUCAUAAAAACUUCAUAUUUGCAUUCAUCUCUGAACGAUUGUUUUAAUGCUAAAAAAAUUAUAUUUAGAGUGGAUUUUACAAAACACUGUUAGAGCUUUGGUGGGAAGGAAAGAAGCUGCAGAGAGUGCCACGCUUAGCAGAAGGCAGCAUGACUCCUGACCUGUAGAAUUUAGUCUUUUUAUUCCCUGCUAUUUGCAUCAGUUCUACCGGCAGUGCAUUAACUUUUCUUGCUUCCCUUCUAUUU